AUGAUCCCACGAUCACAUUUCCGGACCCGCAAGGCUUGGGCUCAAGGACCUAUGGACGCUUCCACUUUUGCUCCUUCCUCCUCUACUCCCACACCUGCUCCAGCACCACCAGCUCCUCCACUCAGAGCACACCAUGGCUUAUGUGGCCUGGCCAGGAGUCCAUCCUUCUCCUUUGGGGGAGGUGAGGCUCCUAUAGCCCAAGAGCCGCAGCCAGAGUCGGAGGCGACACUCGAGGCCACACCUGAAGAGACGCCUGAAGACACCCCUGCUGCCACACCAUCUGAGGCACCUGAGGAGGGAGAUGGCGCUGCAGACACGGAUUAUGUUGUAGACAUGGCAGCAACGCAGAGCUCCUGGGAUCCCUGGCCUAUUCCAGCACCGGAUACAUCACUACCAGCCCCCGAUGCCCCCUCCACACCUCAAGAUAAUCCUACACCGGCACAGGAUGGCUGA